AUGGUUGGACAUUUCCGUCAUUCAAAUAUUGCAUGGAAAGCGUUAAAAACAAAUCAGGAAAACUUCAAGAUGCCUGUGCUUAAAUUAAUACAAAGCGUUGCUACUCGCUGGAACUCUACAUUUGAUAUGCUCGAGCAUCUCGUGAAGAAUAAACGUUCUGUAGAAAGUGUCCUCGCUGACAAAUCAGUAACAAAGGCAAAACUUGCUCAAAAUUUAGAAAUCGCAGAACGCGAGUGGUAUAUCAUGGAAAAUUUGGUCAAUUUGCUUAAACCGUUACAGGUGGCAACCACAGUAUUAUGUGCCAAUAAGUCGCUCUUGUCAAUGGUACGUCCGAUUGUCCAUUCACUGCUAGACAAUCAUCUAAACAGUGAUCUAUUGGAUGAUGAUUUGCUCAGCCAAUUCAAACAAGUGGUGUGUCAAGAACUCAAUACACGGUUUGAUAUGAAAUGGGAUGAAAAUUCAAUUGUUAAUGCAAGGCAAAUCGGUUCAUUUUUUGAUCCGCGAUAUAAAGAUCUAUGUGCUGAAGAAGUUGAAGCAAGAGAAACAGUGAAAUACACAGUACGUGCCAAGCUUUACUUAGGAUUUGAUUCUGCAGAAGAUACUAAAAAUCAAAAAUCAAAAGAGAGUGCUUUGAAUUUCCUUUUUCAAACGCAACCAAGUCGAUACACUGCUCAAGCUUAA